CAAACUGCACACAUUUGAUAUUUCAGCGCAUAUUUUGUUCAGUAGAAAACUGAAAAAUAUUAAAAACUAUCGUUAUAUCCAAAAACCAAAUUAGUUUUUGUACUGUGGGAAAAAAAAUCGGUUUGAUAAGAAAAGCCGCAAAAAUUUUGUUGCCGAGAAAGCUUGGGAAUUUUUGCGCUACGAUAAGCUUUGCAAUAUAAUGAACGCGCUCACAAAGUGGAAACAAGAGAAUUUUUAUUACACAAAAUGCGUUUGCAAAAUCAGUUGCAAGCGGUCUGUCGCUCAGUGCAGUUGAAACCAUAACCAAAUAUUUUUAUAAACGAAAGCGACAUAUAGAGAACAUAAAUAAUAAAUUUUGGAAAGAAAAAUAUAAAUAAAAAACAAAAUGGGCAUUGCAGUGCUCUGUGCGCUUGUUGUAGUAGUUGUGGGCACCAUUUAUUGAAAGCUACGGCACCACUACAGCUAUUGGGCGCGCCGCGGCAUACCACAUGAGACACCACAAUAUUUCCUCGGCAAUAUGAGUGGCAUCGGCACCAAGUAUCAUUGGAAAGACAUUAAUAUUCGCUUCUAUAAUCGCUUCAGAGGUCUAACGCCCAUAUUUGGCGCCUACACUUUCUUGAAGCGCGUCGCUUACAUUAUAGAUCUGGAUCUUAUCAAACAAAUUUUAGUGAAGGAUUUCAACUACUUCACGGAUCGUGGACUUUUUCACAAUGUACGCGAUGAUCCGCUCACCGGCAACUUACUGUUCUUGGACGGCGAGCAGUGGCGUGUACUGCGUCAUAAGUUAUCGCCCGCUUUCACCACCGGCAAAAUACGUUUCAUGUUCCCCACCAUGGUGACGGUGGGUGAACGUAUUGUUGGUGCUUGUCAGCGCAUUAUGAAUAUAGGCGGCACCGUGGAAAUGAAGGAGCUCUGUGCGCGCUACACCACCGAUGUUAUUGGUGAGGUUGCAUUCGGUAUUGAGUGCAACAGCUUGAAAGACCCGCAAGCGAUAUUCCGGCGUAUGGGUAGACAUAUUAUCGACAAGCCACGUCACUCGCUACUUGUGCAGGCGUUCAUGUUUACAGAUCCACAGCGCGCACGACAGUUGCGUUUAAAGAAUUUUCCCGACGAUGUCACCGAGUUCUUCAUGGGUGUUGUGCGUGAAACCGUGGCGUACAGAGAAAAGAAUGGCGUGAGUCGUAACGAUUUCAUGGAUAUGAUGUUGGAAAUGAAGGCGCAACGCGAUCGCCUCAAAGAAGUUGACAUUAAAGAAGAUGAUUUGACGAAUGGCUUGAAUAUCGAGCAGGUCGCAGCGCAAGCGCUGGUCUUCUAUUUGGCUGGCUUUGAAACCUCAUCGACCGUAAUGUCUUUCUGUUUGUAUGAGUUGGCCUUGAAUCAAGAUGUGCAAGAGAAAUUGCGUGAAGAAAUAUUUAGAGUGUUGCAGAAAUCAGAGGGUCAAUUAACAUACGAGACUAUCAAAGAAAUGAACUAUUUGAAAAAAGUGAUAUCAGAAACUUUACGCAAGCACCCAGUCAUACCGCAUCUAACGCGCUUGGCCGUCGCCGACUACAGCGUACCCAAGACCAAUUGGAUGCUGGAGCGCGGCAUGCGCAUCUUCAUACCCGUCGAUGCUAUUCACCAUGACCCCGAAAUCUAUCCCGAUCCCGACAAAUUCGACCCUGAACGCUUUGCACCGGAAGCCAUUGCGCAGCGCCACCCUUUCGCCUACUUGCCUUUCGGCGACGGCCCACGAAAUUGCAUUGGCAUGCGUUUCGGCGAAUUGCAGACCUCCAUUGGCGUCAUACAAUUGCUGCGCCACUAUCGCUUCAAGCCAUCCUCGCGAACACUCAACCCGAUGGUUUACUUAAAAAAGAAUGUUCUCAUUGCCGCUGACGGUGGCAUACAUUUGACCGUGGAGAAUCUGGCGAAAACCAUCUAAAAGCGCUGUUAUGUUCUAAACAGCGCGCAAAAUAUAAAAUUGGUGUGGAAAAUUAGUCAAUGAAAAUAAUGCCUGCUUAUUGCUGUAAUCGCGUUAUAUAAACAUAUGCGCAUGUGCACAAUUAUUAGCAUAUGUUAUGUCUCCUUGUAUAGAAAUACAUAUUUUAAUCUGUUCACCUUCCUAUUAAAUUUCAAAGCAUGUAAUUAUCUGUUGUCUAAGCAUACACAAUAAAGGCGCUUUGUAAUUGA